AAAAAGAAAAAACGGGAGUACUAAAACCUACCGCGCGCUGUGACGUAUCUUCCGUGCUCUGAUUUUUCCACCACGUGUUGGGACCACACACUCGACUUCAAUCGUGUGGCGCGAUGCUCCCUCCUAUCUUUUUCCUUCCUGCAUGAUGCACAACAGCCGUGGACGUCUCGCACUCACAAUACAAACAAGCCGUGCCAAUCCGCUGAGGCCUGGCUCCGUGCCAGCAGAGCAAGCCUCGCGCGCGGACGGGCGCUCCAUUCGACGUGUAUCGUUUCUUCUCAAGGCCGGGGACGCCCUGCCGAGGCGCGUGAUAGCAUUGCCCCUGGCAGCUCCGGCGACCGAAGUCACGUGCGCGCAUGCAUCUUCCGCGUGCGUCUCGCGCAGACGCGCACUGCGCGGACGUCUGCCGCACUUCUCGCCGAACCCUCUCUCGGUGGUGAGUUGCGUUGUGCUGUUGCAAGGUGUUUUCUGCUCACAGUGCCGAGAAAUGGUUCGCCUGUGCCGCCGCUGUUUGGUUCCGGCCGUGCUCUGGCUGGCGUGCCUGCUGUGCACGCUCCAGAUGCUCGCCGCAUUCGUCGGCCACGCGGAGGAGGCUCCCCUGAAGGGCGACCAGUCUCGGGAGGCCCGCAGGCUGCGACCCCGGCACGUGGGGGGCGAGACCGAGGUGCGCGGCCGUACCUACCAAAGGCACGGGGCCGAACCGCUGGACGCCCGGCACCGCGAGCUGCACUCGGAAAGGCUGCGGCUCAACAGGCUUGCCCGACCGCACCUGGUGGCCCGCAGGCAGAUAUUCAGUGAGUAUGUAAAUGGCGCACAGGCUAAAGUGCACGCUAUACUCUGUUUCAGUAGUUCCGUGCAGCAGAGCCAACGACCUGCGAGUGCAGAUAUUCUUGUGCUUCGAGAUGCAUUGGCAUAGUUCGGAACCCGUUGGACGACUACAUGACCUUGAUAAAUGGUCUUGUUGGCAGGUGUUUUUUAAUUGGAAGCUUCCUUGAAGUGUAUUGCAUGAUUUUAUUUCGUUCUUUAAUUAAAUACUUAUUGAGGCUCUAUAUGAUACUGAAAAUUGAGUUCUCCACUUGUUUCCAAUCAAAACGUGCAGAGAGCAAAAAAGAAGUACAAACAAUUAAUUGAUUGGACAAUGGCUAAAUCCAUCAGUGUAGUCGCUACAACUACAACACCGUGAAGGACUCCUUCUUGGUUAGUGCUUCAUCCUUCGCGAAAAUGGCGUCCACAGACUCGCUUAGCUGUGUAGAAUCCUUACACGCUCCUCCUGUGCGCGAAAGGAAC